AAUAAAGAAGAUAAAAUCCAUUAAACUCUCUUUCAAAGUUUUAGCAUUAGUCUCGCCGUCGAACAAGCCUUAACCAACUCCUCACCUUUCCAUCUUUCUCAUCCUUCAUCCGUAUCAGAUAAAAUGGAGUUCUGCAUGGAGGUAAGAGCGUUGAAAUCAAGUGCAAGGGGAGAAUUAACCAUGCAGAAGGACAACCAGCAUGCUGUUUUUGAUGAUUUAUUGUGCCUGAACGGCGGUGAAGAUUUCUCCGUCGAUUGCUUCUUUGAUUUCACGAACGGAGAAUUCGAAAACGAAGAAGAAGAAGAAAAUGAAGAAAAUUCUGGUUUUUUUCUCUCGCAAGAACGUGUAGCGGAUGAUGAUAGCAACUCGAAUUCCAGCAGUUUAUCCUUUGAUUCUGUUAUCACCAACGAAUUAUCCGUACCGGAUGAAGAAAUUGCAGGGCUUGAAUGGGUGUCUCAGUUUGUGGACGAUUCGGUUCCGGAGCUUCAAUUUCCAUGCCCGGUUUUCAAGGAAAACCCGGCAAAAGCUCGGUUUCAAUCCGCGCCGGCGCCGGUUUUUGUGAAAACGCCGUGUUUUUCGUCACCGGUUCCGUCUAAAAGUCGGAGCAAAAGGGCUAAACCCACCGGAAAAGCAUGGCCGGUUGGGUCGAUUCCUCUUUCCGAGUCAUCGUCUUCGACGACGGCGUCGUCAUCUUCAAGUGCUUCUUCCGGAUUUUCCAUGACCUCGGCUCUGGUUCUAAAAAGCGACCUGACCAACGAUUUCGCUGAACCGCCGGCGAAGAAGCAGAGGAAAAAACCGGGUGUUCAGGCCUGCGGCGGCAGCGCUUUACAACGGAGGUGUAGUCAUUGCCAAGUCCAGAAGACUCCUCAGUGGCGAACCGGUCCACUCGGUGCCAAAACCUUGUGCAACGCUUGUGGGGUUCGUUAUAAGUCCGGUCGGCUCUUUCCCGAGUACAGACCGGCUCGUAGCCCCACUUUUUCCGGUGACGUACACUCCAACAGCCACCGGAAAGUUUUGGAAAUGAGGAGAAAGAAAGGGGUAGCAGAAGGGAAGGUGUCAGAUGAUUCCGAGUUUUUGAGAGCUUAGUUUAGGAAAAUAGCAAGCUAAGCCAGGGUUGAACCG